AUGGCUACCGCAUCACCCACGCCUCUGGGCGGCUCGUCGUAUGGGCGCAUGCGCUCGCAUUCUAUGAUCCGACCCAGGAGAGAUUCCCCUUUGUCGGUGCUUGGACAGUCGCAGGGCUUCUCCGCAGACGCGCCCAUGAUGCAAAACAUCAACAUCGGCGACAGCUCCGAUGACGAAAUCCCUCAGCCCAUGAAAUUGAGCGCUUUGACGACAGCUCUGCUGGCGCAAAAUGAUGUCAUGUCGCCAGAGAAGAGGAAGCCCAAGCUACGAAUUACGCGCAACAGCUCUGGCUCAAAUACACCGGUGCAGGAUACCGUCACACCUGCGCCGAGUCUGCGCAUAAAACGAGUACCACUACGAGGCGCCCCUAUGAGGAGGUUGCGAAGAACGCCUCAAAGCGAAGAAGAACACCCUCCCUCUCAAGAUCAAGAAAAUCUGCCCGUUUCAGUGGUCAAAGUACAGCAUGAGAACGUCCCCGAUUCCGUCCUUAAAGUUACCGUAUCUGUCAUGAAAGUAGCAGAGGAUCGAAACGCACAGCAACCAUCACAAUCACAAUCGCCCAUCCAGAGACAAUCACAUCAGCAAGAAAGACCAAUGCCAUUACAGUCGAUAAGCGCGAAUACACCCCGAAGACCAGCACCACCCCCACCUCCACCAAAGAUGUCAGUCUUAGAGACAGCCACAGUUGCCGCUGGAGCAGCUACUACCAAGACGAGAGAGCGAAAAAAGCGUAGUACGCUAUCCGUGAAUGGAAAGCAUUACUCGCAAAUGGAUCGGAUAGGAAGAGGGGGUAGUUCGGCCGUGUAUCGGGUCAUGGCGGAAAAUUUCAAGUUACUAGCACUCAAAAGAGUGAAGCUUGAAGAUGCAGACGAGGCUGCGGUUCGAGGUUACAAGGGCGAAAUCGACUUGUUACAAAAGCUCAAGAAUGUAGAUAGGGUUGUGCGACUCUACGACUGGGAGGUAGAUGAGCAGCGACAGGUUCUCAGCGUGCUCAUGGAACUUGGAGAGUCUGACCUAGCACGCAUAAUACGAAUGAAGCUUGACCCAGCUGAUGGUGACGGUAAACUUGAUUUGAGUUUCACCCGCUACUACUGGAAAGAGAUGCUUGAAUGCGUCGGCGCAGUCCAUGAUCACGACAUUGUACACUCUGACCUUAAACCCGCAAACUUUCUCCUCACUUCCGGCCGCCUCAAACUCAUCGACUUUGGCAUUGCCAACGCCAUCGAAGUCGACCACACAGUGAACGUGCAUCGCGACUCGCACAUCGGCACACCAAACUACAUGUCUCCCGAGUCGCUCGAAGAUUCCGCCGGCGGAGCCAAAGGCCAACUGUCCAACGGCAAUGGCAGCAAAGACAUGGCCCUGGGCAAGCCAUCGGAUGUGUGGAGUCUGGGCUGUAUCCUCUACCAAAUGGUCUACGGCCGGCCCCCCUUCGCCCACAUCGCCAAUCAAAUGGCCCGCGUGCUCGCCAUUGUGAAUCGCGACUACGAAAUCCAAUUCCCCGACCUCGGCGUCGGGGAUGUUCGCGUGCCCCCAGGUCUCAAAGCAACCAUGCGCCGCUGUCUCAACCGCGACGCCUCCAAACGGCCCAACAUUGCACAGCUCCUCGACGAGCGCGAUCCCUUUUUGUACCCAGACGGCGGCGAGGAUUUGCGAAUCCCACAGGAUCUGCUCGGCCAAAUCAUCCAGCGCGUUGCGGAUCGGUUUAGAGAUCCGAAUAAAAGUGCGCCGACGGAUGAGGAGAUCCGUCAGUAUCCAGCGAGUUUUUACGAGAAGAUUAGGCAGUUGCUUGAGCAGGACUGA